CUAGCGAGAGGAGAUUGAGACGAGGGGCAGAUGGGGCGAGUGUAUAAGCCGGCAAAGAGAUAUUUGCGUGAACGGCGUGGUUCAUCCUCUCCUCUCUCACUCAGUCUCUACUCUAGCCAUACUCGCCUGUUAGUUAAAAUAAAAAUCCAUCAACAUGGCUCCGAAGAAGGACGCAAAGUCUGCGUCUAAAGCCCCUGCAAAGGCACCCAAGAAGAAAGAGGGAGGAGGAGGUGGAAAGGCUAAAAAGAAGAAGUGGUCCAAGGGAAAAGUUCGUGACAAGCUUAACAACUUGGUUCUCUUCGACAAGGCCACUUAUGACAAACUGUUGAAAGAAGUCCCCAGUUAUAAAUUAAUCACUCCAUCGGUAGUUUCAGAAAGAUUAAAAGUUAGAGGUAGUUUGGCGAGGAAAGCAUUAGAUGAACUUCUUCAGAAAGGAAUGAUUCGCCGCGUCACUAAACACCGUUCCCAACAAAUCUACACGAGGACGACGAAGGCAGAAGAAGCUGCGGAGGCAGCGGAAGCCGCAGCUGCUGCCAGUGGCAAGGAUAAGGAGAAGAAGUGAUUUGGAUUUCUUACAGUUUUGUUUUUAAGUAAGAAAGUUUAAUAAAAUGUGAACUUUUCCACCAAAAACAAGA